AGGUUUGAAUUCAGAUUUACGAGCUUACAGUGAGCACGUGAAGGCAUCACGAGUUCAACCAGGAAACAAUCCGCAGAAAAUUUUAAUGAAGUUCAGGUCAGAAAAUCUCCGAGCCUGAAAACAGACAGUUUCACUGCAGCUUCUCUUCCCUCUGAGCUCCCGUGACCUCUGACCUCCACCAUGACGUCUACGUCCAUCACCACGGUCGGUGGAGUGGUGAUCGUCACUCAGGUCAUUCCUCAGGAUGAAACCUCCAUCCCGCUCCAGGCUCCGGCCGCCGCAACCACCCGAGAGGCCCCGCCCACUGCCACAAAGGCCCCGCCCACAGCCUCCAUCUUCCCCGCCAAGAUGGAUGACAAGACCGCCACCUUCCUGAGGGGGCAGCCGCACGAGCUCGGGGUGGUUCAGAUCUUCAUCGGCGUGCUCUGCAUCCUCCUCAGUCUGACCGCCACCUUCUCUCCGAUGCUGAUCCUCCACGCUGCGUUCUCCCUCGCCGUCGCUUUCCUGGUGUCCGGCUCGGUGACGGUGGCGGCCGGGAGGCGGACCUCAGUCGGACUGGUCUGGGCGUCUCUGGCCUUGAACCUGAUCAGCGUCCUGAUCAGUCUGGCGGGUGUGGCCUACGUCUGCUGGCUGCUGGCCGGCCCCCCCGCCUCUGAUGUUAUCUGUGGGGGUCUGGAUGGAUGCGUCGGCAAAUUAUGGGUUCUGAAUAUGGCCAUGUACGGACUCCUCUCCCUGUUCCUGAUCCUGCUCGUGCUGCAGACCUGUGUCGCCGUCACCGUCUGCGUUUUCUCGGGGAAAACCCUGAGACGCCACGACCUCGGCCCCCCCGUCAUGGUGAGGGUUGAUGAGCACGACAGCGACGUCGCCCUGUUGGACGAUGAAGGACUGACUCCAGACUCACCGUGAGAGCGUCUGACCACUACAGAUACUACAGUAAUACUGCAGUAAAACUACUGCACAGAACUUCACUAUCACCUGUAAUCAUCGCUUCUCUCUUCUCACUGCAUUCUGGGUAAUUUAGGGCCAAAGUUUUGAUUGUGUUUAAAUAUGAAUCAGAUGAUAAAGAUGCAGAGUCGUCAUCAGACAUGUUUCAAACACAGAUGUUUGAGUAAAUAACUGAACCUUCACGUUUCAACACUGAGCCACAGUAAAGACUUAAUAAUAUUAUAAACCUGCUCUGUAUGAAAAGAUAAAAUCUGCUGUCACUUUAUCUGUGUGCUGCAGCAAGACAAAAUUAAAAUGACACUUUUUUGAAUGGAGUUUGGUGACGGCCGCAACGGAAUAUUUCCACUUUUUUAACUGUUAAGUUGUUUGACUUCACUUUAAAUCAUGUGUUCAUGUCUUUAAAUCAGUUAUAAAAUAAAUGAAUAGAUCGUUUUCCAUCAAACAAACCUCCACUGAGCUGCAGAAUCUGAGUCCGAAAAACUCUUCAGAGUCAUUCUACUGCUUCACAGUGACGAGGAGAAGAGGAAAUAAAAGAAUGAAGAAAACAAAGUUUGACUCCAGCUGAUGCUAACAUUAGCCAGCUAACCUAGCUGAUAUCAGGGAUACAUGCUAACGUUAGCACCUGCUUUUACCAGUGGAUGCUAACGUUAGCCAGCUAACCUAGCUAACAUUUAGCACCUGCUGGUAAAAACAGGUUCCCCUGUAUCAGCUCUGGGUUUUACAUGAGCCACAUCUUCAUGUUUCAGUUGUCAGUUCUUUUCUGUGCUGCUCAGCUGAGGUGAAUAAAGCUGGUGUUAGCGAGCUAUCUUCACCCAGCUAACGUGAAAACAGACCUUAGCUAGCUGUCUUGCUAUUUCUGAGCAGCACAGAAAAGAACUGACAACUGAAACAUGAAGAUGUGGCUCAGAGCUAGAAACACCUGUAAAACCCAGAGCUGAUAUCAGGGGUACAUGCUAACGUUAGCACCUGCUUUUACCAGUGGAUGCUAACGUUAGCUAGGUUAGCUGGCUAACUUUGUUUGUCUUAGCAGUAGAAAGACACAGAAUAGUCUUUUGGAUGCAGCCUGAAAAACUGUGAAAUUGGACCUGGAAAUAUUAUUUUCGUCAUUUGUGACGUCACAACUCCAACAAGAAACUCGUACUUGAUCAUCGUCCAUCAUCUGAACUCAGAAACUCGUUAGCCAAUGGGGACGCACCACUAAAGAAAACUGACAUACUGAAUGUGACUCCAUGUUGGAAAGAUUUAAUACCACCUUAAAACUCCUUAAAACUGCACCUUUAAAGUUCAGAUGAACAGAACUCUUUAUAAUAUUAUUAACAGAACCAAACCCAACAGUUCGUCCAUGAGCAGCAGGUGGAGAGAAAAACAGGGGAAACCGAACAUAGCAUGACGCAGCCUCUCUCCAUUAGCAUUAGCCACACAGCUAACAGCCCAAAGCCAUAUAAUGAUAUGAUAUGAAUGAUAUAUAUUACUUCCUGACUGAUCUGAACAGAUUUAGUUUUCAUCUAAAAGGUGGAACUCACAUCAGACCUGAUGCACUUUAUCAGAAACUAAACUAGUGAAGAAUGUGAGGUGAAAAUGUUUCUGUCUCUGAAAAGCUUUUUUUGUCUGUUUAGAAACAUUUCAACAUUUAUACAAAAAAUAAAGUUUGUUUUCUACAGUG